AUGAAGGCACAGGAGGCAGAAAGGCAUGCAGCAAGUUCGCGGCAGGCCGCCCGAUCUAAGAGAGACCACCGAGUCCAUGUCAGUCCUGCGCAUGAGGCCAAGACUGGCUUCCGUGAAAGCCUUGCUGCGUCACCUUGCCAUGAGAAGGUCACUUCCCCCUCCAAUGACACGAAGCGAUCCACGGCUGCAUCGUCUUCCGAGCGGCCGCUGUCUCCGCGAUACGAAGGGCAGCCAAUGACAGAAGGUAUUGCAGUGUGGCGAGAGACGCAAGCUCUGAAGGAAAGCCUUGGUGCUUCCAGCUCCAGAGCCCACCGCCCUUUGACGAGGGCGGCUGGGACGUCCAGCCCAAAUCGGCAGCGCCCAGCCGUGCAGACUGAUGGCCUGGAGCCGGUCACGCAGGUCCUGUCCCAGCAAAUGCCGCCCUGGACCAGCACCUUUGGCUUCAACCUGGGUGCUCCAAACAGCCCUCAGUCGGCCUCCCAACUGCCUCCCUUCGCAGAAGCAGCAAUGAGUCGACUGACAUGGCUGCAGGCCGAGAAGGAGGCCCUGGAGGGAUGGCUGAGUAAUGCAGGCUACUUGUCUGUCAGCAAGGACAGCGAUGACAGCCGGGGCCGAGUUUCCGAGGAUGUGGCUUAUGCCCAGGAACCUACUGCAUCUUUGGCUGGGCACCAUGUCUUCGAAGGGAUGGAGAUUCCUGGCAGGCUGCAGGAAGAACGGCCGCCAGAGAGAGUUGCUGAAGAGCCAUGGAGCCACUUGCCGCCCCGCCUUUCUGAUCCACGACCCAACGACCGGACUCGCCAUGCUUACGCUACUGGGCACACGCCGGAUUCAUCUGUGGAGGAGGGCUCACCAAGCACGCCAGGCAGUGCAAGGAGAAAGUCGCUGGCGCAUCAGUCGAGCUACAACGCUCUGGCCGCUGAGCGCGCUGCUGCGCAGGCAAAGCUGGAAGACGACUUCAAGGCGAUUGGCCUUGAGAGGUGGAGCGCUCCAGCCGAGAGCAAG